CAAUCACAACACACCAUGAGUAGUCUAGUAGGUGAGUCUGUGACUCUCACUCUCACCGUAUUUAUUACUCCAUCUCUCCUCUCUCUUCACACUGCACAUCACUCAAAUCUCACUUCCACCGUCCACAAAACCCACAUAACUCUCAAGAGAAAUCAACAAACAAAAAUGCCCAAAACCCAUUUCAACCCAAUGACUACCCUUUUCUUGGCAUUGGUUUUCCUGCACACCCAUCUCACAAUCUGUGAUGGGGUUUCAUUUUUGGGGCUCAAUUCAAUGAAAACCAGUGGAUUGGGUGUGAUGGAGAGGAGGUUCUGUGCCGGAAAGAUGGGGAAAUGCGCGGGAAUGGAGGCGGCGGCGGAGGGGGAGAUGGAGGUGGAGAUGGAUUCGGAGAGUAAUAGGAGGGUUCUGGUGAUGCAGAAGAAGUAUAUAAGCUACGACACGUUGAAGAAAGACAUGGUGCCUUGUGAUAGACCUGGGGCUUCAUACUAUAACUGUAGGGCUACUGGUCAGGCAAACCCUUAUCACAGAGGCUGUGAGGUCAUUACAGGCUGUGCCAGAAACAUUAGAGACAUCAAGUCUUGAUGAACUGUGGCAAUCAGUGGUGGUAUGAAUCGUUGGGAGUGGUAAAUUUUUUCGUAUUUUUCUGAAUUUGAUGCCUUUUUCUUAUAUUUGUUUAUGCUUGUAAAAAUAUUGUUAAGACCCUGUAUCCAUUUCCUAUAUAAAUGAUAUUCUUAGCUUAAUUAUGGAA